CCUCAAGGGCUGGAUUACUAUCUGUAAAAGCCGUGUUGAUAAAGGUAAUUUCGUAAAUGUAAGUCGGUGAAAUUACAUAAAUCUAAGAUUUGUAUUUUGUUCACGGUUUUUAUUGAGAGUAAUCUUAAAUUAUACAAAAGCCAUUAGGAAAAUCCCUCUUACUCCAUCAGUCAACUUGAGAAAUGGAGCUGAUCAUCUCGUUUCCUUUUCAUCUGUUUCUAAUGUUCAUACUUCAAAUACAAGAAUCCACCUCAGUGAAUCAUGUAUUUGUGCAGACUGGAAACGAUCUAAUUCUUAAUCUCACAGAAGCUGAAAUUCCCCCAAAUUCUACCUUUUGGGUCUGGCAAUUUAAUGGUAACUCAUUGGUAACAUUUUCACCUCCUUCACCACCAUCUGUUGAAGAGACUCACACCGGAAGAACUGAAGUCCUUGAGAAAAAAUAUAAUGUGAAAUUGAAGAAUCUACAAAAGUCAGACAGCGGUAUUUAUACUGCAAGGUCAGUACUGCCCGAGGACAAAAAACUAUCUGAAUACAACGUUACAGUUCAAGAUCCAGUGUCUCCAGUUGAUCUCACCGUUGACCUCACCUCCAGCACCUCCUCCAGUAUCUUCACAGUGACCUGCAGAGCAGGGAACUCUUCCAUCAGCAGCACUCUUAGAUGUGAGAAUCAAACGUGUGGAGAGAGUAGAGGGGUCACCACAUCUGGCUCUUCUCUUCAUAUCUAUCAGUUGGACAAAUCAAUCAUUUGUAACCAUAGAAACCAGGUCAGCUGGUCCGAAUCCACUAAAAAGAUUCAAGAUUCCUGCACCACACAAGCUUUCAACACAGCCCCCUUAUUUGUGAUAUUAGCUGCUGUAGUCGUUGUGGUUAUUGCCUGUGUGGUGUUCAAAAUGAGUAAAAGAAAGAGGAGCCCAAAUACAGUGUAUGAAGUUCCCCAGAUCAACCCACAGCCAAAUUCAUAUGAAAAUCCUGCAGAAAUUGCUCCUGCUCAUUCUCCAACAUCGACUUAUGCCUUGGUACAGUUUCCUAAUCGUCCUGAGCAGCACAUUGACGCCAGUUCCUGCUCAACCCCCCUGCCUGAAACAAUUUAUGCACAAGUUAACAGAGCUGAGAAAACGAACUCCCGCCGUGCUAAAGUCGCCAGAUGA